UCCCUCCCUCCAGCAAAAGCUUUUGAAUGUCAUGCUUGUGGAAAUUCUGCAGGGUACAUAUAAGUGCUUUAUUUAAGCCUUUGAUCCACAGCCAAAAAAAGGGGUAGAUGAGACCUAAAGACGGUAAGUUGUCUGUACAGUAAUGGCACCUGUCUUUGUACCAGCAACAGCAGUGAGGGAAGGCCAAAUAAUUCUUAGGAGGGUGGAGAACUGGAACACCAGGCAGUGGAAUUCCAAGACGGCAAUGAAACCUGAAGGAAGCUGCGCUUGAGGUGGUGUCUUGAACUACAACUCCCUCUGGGUCAGUGGGUGGGCAGAGUGCUGAGAGGAAUCUUACCGCAGAGUUGGUGGGUUGAUGGUGGAAACAGCUGGAGAUUGCGAGUCUCCUUGUGCAGAUGAUGGUCUCUUCAUUCUCAUGCUCUCUGGCAAAGUCAGAGAGCCUGGCAGAAAUCUUUGGCAGAGAGGAUUUCCCUCCUUGGAGCAAUAACCAUCUCUAACCUGCGCGGGGGCGGGGCAGGGUUUGAUUGCAGACACCAUGACUGAACAACAGACCCCAAUGGAGGAGAUGACUGCUGCGGAGAGUCCAGAGGAAAUGGGGCCAAAUUACAAGGUCACCCUCUACGAGAUGGAGAAUUUCCAGGGCAGGAAAUGUGAGCUCACAGACGAGAACCCCAACGUGACGGAGAAAGAGUUGGACAAAGUGGGCUCCAUCCAGGUGGAGGCUGGCCCGUGGCUCGGGUUUGAGCGUCAGGCAUUCAGUGGGGAGCAGUUUGUGUUGGAGAAGGGCGACUACCCUCACUGGGACUCCUGGUCAAACAGCCACUGCAGCGACAGCCUCCUCUCCAUCCGCCCCCUGCUGAUCGACAGUGCAGACCACAAGAUUCACCUCUUUGAAAACACCAGCUAUGGGGGCAGGAAGAUGGAGAUCGUGGAGGACGACGUCCCCAGCUUGUGGGCUCAUGGCUUCCAGGACCGUGUGGCCAGCAUUAAGGCCCUGAAUGGAAUAUGGGUGGGGUAUGAGUAUCCCGGGUACCGUGGCCGCCAGUACGUCUUUGAGAAGGGUGAGUACUGCCACUGGAAUGAAUGGGAGGCGAGCCAACCUUUGAUCCAGUCAGUGCGGCGCGUCCGGGACCAGCAAUGGCACAAAAGAGGCUGCUUUGAGGAGAGCUAAAAUGAUAACAAAUCACAUUCAUCAAGGAGAAGAAACAGAAAUGAGACCCCCCCCCUGAAGUGCUGGCAAAAGGCCAGGUUUUGCUGUCUAAAUAACUACAAAGCCUAAUGUUCUCAAUAAAGUUCUGAGCCUCCAAGGCUUCUGCUCUUUGCUGUGCCUCCUCUCGAUUUGUCACUUGAUGGCAGAACUUUGCAUGCACCAGGUCCCCUGUCAGUCCCCCAAUGCUAUAGUUGAAAAGGACCUCAGGUGAUCACAGGGCUGGGGAUGGCCACAGAGAGUGGACACUGGGACGGGCCAAGUGAACCAAUGAUCUGGCACACUAUAAGGCAGCUUUGAAUGUUCCUAUGGCUUGUUCACUGGGAGCAAAGGUGGUUCCUGCCAAAUCCUUAGGAAAGGUCACCAUCAAGACACAAGUGAUCUUAAAACACAUGGGGAAAUCAAAAAGUCUUCACCUAGUGCCAAAAAAGACCAUAAUGCAAGGCUGCCAGUAGUUAGCACUGUUCAUCCAGUCUUGCCCUUGCACUCACAUCAGCCCAAGCUCCAUCCAUCAUGUCUCUUAGGAGGUUUUUUUAUCACACACACACACACACACACACACCCAAGGAUAUGCAAAAGUUCAUACCCAAUACAUAGUAUAUUUUUAUAAUUCACUGAAAUAAAAGAAAUGCUUAAUCUAGAAUGGAAUGGAGGCGGAAAAAAGGGGGAAUGGGAAAUAAAGGUCUGGAGGUGGUCUGACCUCCAGAAUUAAGAUUCUCAUAGAGGUGGGGUCAAAAUGCCACACCCAAAAUCUCCUGAGCCCACCAAGUCUGGGAGCCCACCAAGAUGCUGAAGGCCAUAAACUAUGAGUGGCACAAGAGCGCUCAGUUUGAGUCAUCAGGGGCCCCCAGGCUUUGAGCUGGGCCAGCUGUGGAGGGUGCCAAUGGGCAUGCCAUUAUGGAGCAGGUGAAGCCCCUGGCUCAUUGGUGGAGGACCACCUUCAUAUUCCGAUGGCCCUAGAGUCAACAUUCAGAUAAAGUUUGGUAAAGAAAUUUCAGGUGACAUGAUAGAAGUUUACAAAAUGCUGCAUGGCAUGAGAGUGGACAGAGAAAGGUUUUUCUCUCCUGACACUAGAACUUGGGGACAUCCAAUGAAGCUGCGUGUCAGGAGAGUCUGGACGGAUAAAAGAAAGCCCUUCAAGCAGCGCAUAGUUUUCUUUCGAUAAAUUGUGGAACUCCCUCCCACAGCAGGCAGGGGUGGCCACCAACGGGGAUGGCUCCACGGUCAGAGCCAGUGAUGCUUCUGAAGGCCAGUUACUGGAGACCCCAGGAGGGGAGCAUCCUGCAACCAGGGAUGGAGCGAGCCACCCAUGGGGGUGGGGUGAGCCAAGGGAAGGUGCGCUCCGUGGAGCCUCUCGGCAACCUCCCCCUCAGGUGUAGGGGGCUGAGGUGGUGGGCAGAUGCAAGCCCCACGCUGCUCGGAGAA